AUGCCAGCCUCCAGAGCCUACCGCAUCACAAAAUUCACCCUUCUCGUCCUCUCCAAAGUUCCCGUCCCACACAUCCCUCGCUCUCUCCGCAUCACUCCCAAACAACAAUCACAAUCACAAUCACAACAACAACAACAAUUACCUUCCUCCAAUCAUCGUUCUUCUUCAAAGCGCAACAAAAGAGCUUCUGCUCCACCGGAAUUUCUGCCCGAGAGAAGAGAACCCACGAUUAGACCGGAGAGGAGACAAUCUGCUCGGCAACGACAACGACAAGAACAACAGCAGGAAAUGGUGGUGAGGAGGAAUCGGCAACAGCAGCAACAGGGGGGAGGGAUGGAGUUCUGGUGA